CAGCACCCAAAGUCGAAGGAUAGCUCUGGCCUUUCAAUGGAAGAAAGUGCUAGAUCUGUCAGUGUUGUAUAAUAUAACCAAUUCUCAGUGUCCAUAUUUGUUUUGGAACGAUCGGAAUUGUCUUCAUUUAUUGUGAGAGACAGAACUGGCGUCAAACAUGCGUAAAAAUCAACGCUGUCCAAGCAGGGAACCGCCGAGAAAGGAAUUAUCGCCGCUCAUCUGAGGCCAAUCUCGAUUAUUUUUGUCAAAUAAGGAAACAUAACAUAGCUAGCUAGCUAACGUUAGCUCCGUAGAUAGCAAGGUUAGCGACAUAUCUUCACACAAAAGCAGAAUCUAGCAGAUAAUCAAGAUUGGAUCUACAUUCGCACCACAGCAGGAAAACCUAUAGGCAGCAAUGGGUGCAUUCCUGGACAAGCCGAAGACGGAGAAACAUAGUGCCCACGGUGAGGGCAAUGGGCUGCGCUAUGGCCUGAGCUCCAUGCAGGGCUGGCGGGUGGAAAUGGAGGACGCCCACACAGCAGUGGUGGGCCUCCCCCAUGGACUCACCGACUGGUCCUUCUUUGCUGUCUACGAUGGCCACGCAGGCUCUAGGGUGGCCAACUACUGUUCCGGCCACCUGCUGGAGCACAUCUUGUCAGGAGGGGCUGACUUCGCUUCAGGACCGGGCUCCGUGGAGGGCGUGAAGGACGGCAUCCGCUCAGGUUUCCUGAACAUUGACGAGUAUAUGCGCAGCUUCUCCGACCUGCGGCAGGGCCUGGACCGCAGCGGAUCGACGGCCGUGUGCGUGUUGCUCAGCCCGACCCACCUCUACUUCAUUAACUGCGGCGACUCGCGGGCCGUGCUGAGUCGAGACAGCAAGGUGGGCUUCUCCACCCAGGACCACAAGCCCUGCAACCCCCGCGAAAAGGAGCGCAUCCAAAAUGCUGGCGGCUCGGUCAUGAUCCAGAGGGUAAACGGCUCCCUGGCUGUGUCCCGGGCCCUGGGGGACUACGACUACAAAUGUGUGGACGGUAAAGGUCCCACGGAGCAGCUAGUGAGCCCUGAGCCCGAGGUGUGUGUGUUGGAGCGGGCGGCCGAAGGAGACGAGUUUGUGGUGCUGGCGUGUGAUGGAAUCUGGGACGUCAUGUCCAACGAGGAGCUGUGUGAGUUUGUUCGCUCUCGACUGCUGGUGUGUGAUGACCUGGAGAAGGUCUGUAACUCAGUGGUGGACACCUGUCUGCAUAAGGGGAGCAGGGACAACAUGAGCGUGGUGCUGGUGUGUUUACCCGGAGCUCCCAAGAUCUCCGAGGAGGCUGUGAAGAAGGAAGAGGAGUUGGAUAAAUACCUGGAAACCCGUGUCGAGGAGCUUCUGGGGAACGGUGGGGAGGCUGGAGUCCCUGACCUGGUGUCUGUCCUAAGGAGCAUUGCCACAGAGAACAUCCCUAACCUUCCACCUGGUGGAGGCCUGGCCAGCAAGCGGAGUGUGAUCGAGGCGGUGUACAACAAGCUGAACCCUCACAGAGAAGAGGAAGGGGCCUGUGCGGGGGGAGAGGAGGAGGAGGAGAGUGAGGAGGGAGGUGGCAGCACGGCGGCUCAUCUGCUGGAGGCUCUGCGGCAGUUCCGGCUGCACUACCGGGGGCAGUACCGCACGGUGCUGGAGGAGUCCCUGGCCGCCUACCACCUGCGGGGGGAGAGUCCUGCCGAGGGAGCAGGGGAGAGCAGGAGGACCGCCGACGAUGACGGCAACGACGACGGCCAGGAGCAGCCCGCCUCCCCUCCCUCUCCCCCCUCGCCCCCGCCCUCACCCGCCACUGCAGAGCCGGAGGCCAGCCAAGAUGCGCCCGCCCCCGAGUCUGAAACCUCCUCCGACUGAGCACCUGCCCGCACCCAGCCACUCAUCCAUCCUUCCCCAGAGCUCUAGUCAGAUGCGCUAUGACCUCUCCUCCUCUUUUCCCUCAUCACGGAGCUUGAACAGGCGCAUUGGCCAUUUCCAGCUCUAUCAUGCUUAUUCAAGUAUUUUUCAAGUUCACUGCAAACAAAAAUGGCUCUUCUGUCUGUUCAAGUUCACACAAAAAUACCUUGAGGACUCUCUUUCCUAUUUCUUUUGUUGCUCCUCCUGCCCACCUUGGCUUGGAUUCCCAAAUUUGCUAGUCACUUUUACUAAACUUGACCACACAGACUGAUGUUUACCAUAGAAAAGAAAAAAAAAUCAUAACAAUUUAUUAGUACAUGCAAAAGUGGCUGGUGAAGCCAAAGUGAACCUUGCAUUCUCUGGCCUACAUUUCCCACUAUUUGCUUCUGGCUGACCCCUCCCUCCUCUCAGCUCCCAGCCUCUCCCCCACACCUGCUUAUAGUGGACGGACUGACAAAGCAAAGGAGAGGAGACACUGAACUGCAGCUGUGCGACACACUGCACCGUCUCCAGGCCAACUCCAUCUACAGACUCAAAACACACUCUUGUGUAUAUGUAUGUACGUGUGUGUGUGUGCGUCUGCAUGGGUUUGAGAGACAGAGCAAGAGACCGAUCGUCACUACUGAAGUUUCUGUUUCUGGUAAUUUGUGGAAUUAACCCAAUUAUCAGCAUGCUCAGUGAUGUUAGGUUGUUCAGACCAGCCUGGGUACUAAAAACUACAUCUCUCACAUCACCACGUUAGAACGCUGCCUCACAGGCACCUGGAGAGGCUAAGUUGUGUUUUUGGUUGUUAUUCAGGUCGAUGUAAAUGUCUUAGUGAAAUCUACACUGGCAACCCUUUAAGGUGGUAAUGCUCAACACAAAAACAAAAUUCUUGAAUGGAUAAAAAAAUGGAGAAAUACUAGUGGGGAAAGUUGUGAACAAAGAUCAUAUUGGCUCCAAAGAUGAUUAAUCGUAUGUACAGUGGCUUUGUUUUUCUAGCUUAUCAGGCUUAGCAAUAAAUUGUGUGAUCUGAUUUGCAUUUGUGGUAAAAACUAUUAGAUUUUAAAUGCUAUCAACAGCAUGUUAGCUUGACAGCGCUAGCAUUUGAUAACACGCUAGCAUUCAUCUCAAAGCACAGAGGAGUUUAAAAACAGCUAUUCAGGCAAAGUAUGCUGAACAAUAAUACAAACACAGCAAGUAAUAUCUUAUCAAAUUAAAUCCUUUUUCUGGUUUGUUUAUCACAUCUCCACUGCAAAUUGUAGGCCACAAAACAACCAAAAACAUGCACUAUAUUGGAAAUGAUAAUGAGCUAUUUGAGACUAGAGUCAUAGACCGGAAAUCCAAAGUCUAACAAGUAUGUUCACCAUUUACAUUCCGUAGUGCCACACAUCUUUAACACACAAACUUCACGAGGUUGUCGAUGCUGCCUAUGAAAUGUUGUCCAGCUCUACCUAAAAGGUUCGGUGAAGUUGGCGGGCAUUUUAGAGGACAGGAUCACGCUGUCAAACACGUUAAUCCACAGCUGAAAUGAUUUCUUCAACAGCAAAUUGUAGUCGUCUUUCUGUUGUCAUCUGUUGCAUCGAGUCAUUUGAGUAAAUCUGCGUUUCAAGGUGACCUUUCACUACUAGAAGGAGCGUCUGUCUGCUGGUCACACUGUCCGAUCAUUGUCCUUAAAAGCCACAUCUGCAAGGUUGUGGGUUAAUUUAGUGGUUGAGAACUGAAGAGCUCAAAUACUACAAAAACCUUUUCUAACCACAACAAUUGAAAUUACAUUUUUUACUUGUUCUCUGAGUCGGAAAAGAGAAUCAUUUGCAUGCUACAUUUAUAUUUAUGUUCAGUGCAUAUACACCGAUGAAAGUCAGACUGUAUAGAGCUGAACCUGACAAGUUUGUGAUUUUAUAAAUAGAGGCACUGUAGAUACGAUUACGUAUUUUAAACACUUUAUCAAACAUUCUUGAAACUGACAUUCCUAAAAACAUUCCUAAAACUGUUGAACAUGCUAGAAUUCAGCAUGUAACAUGUAGUAUUUGGCAUGUCGGCGCGCUAACCUUUAAUAUGUAACAUUAAUUACGUUAACACGCCGACAUGUUUUAAUACUCACAUGGAGGACAGCUGUUGUUUCAUCAGUUCUGUCAUUGAUCUGAAGGUGGUGCUCCAGGUGGGGUUGUGACCACGAGUGUUUCUUCCACAUAUCAGUCCAAUAUUUGCAAAAAUAUGUCACUUUUGACUAAAAUGUUGGACCAGCCAACCCAUACUACAUUACCAAAGUCACACAUCUGCAUCAGUAUAGAGCGUUAAACACCAAGUUUAUUGCUUGUACGGUAAAUCACACAGUUCAAAUGUUGAAUGUGUGACCUUACAGUAUAUGUGGAAUACUAAAGAAUCUGUUCCAACUUCUCCCUCUGACAGCUGCUGGUAUUAGCCGCAGCUUUAUGAGUUUCACGGCUUGAUAAAAGCCGUUACAAAAGCAUAUGUCAGUCCUCGCAGGUUCUGUUCAAAACGAUUUCAAACACUUACCUCAUUCUGAAAGUGUGAGUGAAACAAACCGUGUUCAUUCUUCUAGACAGCAGGUAAAGGGAGGUUAUCGUGACUCUGUAUAAGCCCAGUGACUCAGAUAAUGCAUGCACUGUACUUUUCAAUAUCUAAAGCACUUAACUAUCGGAGGGGAGGUAAUGCUAAACACUGAGUGUGUGUAUGAGUGUUUGUGUAUGUGUGAGUUCAAUUUGUAUGCGCUGACGUGGGACAAAUCAGUCCUGCAAAUGACAAAAUGAACAAAUAAAAAGGAUUUGAGGUAUAAUGUUA